GUUGAAUUGCCAAAUGGGUUUUAUCGUUUUAGUAGCUGCAAACUAUCGAAGAGAUUAAAAAAUGACAUCUCCCACGGAGCACGACCUUACCCAAGUAUACCGUAUGGAAAAACGACUUAUGUUAUUGGCGGGAUUUUAUCCCAAGCCAAAAGACAGUAACCAGUUCGUCUAUUACUUAUCGUGCGCCGUGGUUUUCUCUAUCGAGGUCUAUUUUGAACUGUCCAUGACGUUGUACGUUGUGAACGAAAUGGACGAUGUAAUGAAAAUAGCCGAAACGUUGCUAUUUUUGAUGACUCAAACCGCGUUCCUCGCUAAACUUAUAAAUUUCGCUUAUAACAAAGACAAACUCUCCGUUCUGGAAGCAAUAUUAAAGACGGAACUGUUCCAAGAAAUGACUAGGACUGAUUUUCAAAAGUUCCAGGCAAACGUGAGCAAAUCCAGGAAGAUUUUGUUGUUUUAUUGCUCGAACGCCGCGGCUUCUGUGUCUGGAUAUGUACUAAUUCCUUUUUUUGAAGGUCGAUCUACGCACAGGUUGGCAGUUCCCAGCUUUAACCCGUGGGACGUUAAAGAGUACUAUUACUCUACGCAUUUCUUUCAAGUUUUGUGCCUCACCAUAGGCGCCACAUUGAACUCCAUUGUCGACACUAUGUUCGCUUCGUUGUGCACCAUUUUCUACGGCGAACUUAGAAUACUUAAACGAUGUUUUAGGAAUUUGGAUUACAGCUUGCCUCCAGGAAUUGUGAGACGGCAGUUGAAAAGGAACGCGUUGUUCCAUUUGGAAAUAUUGAAAGUUGCAAAUCUCACAGAGCGAUUUUUCACAUACGGAAUUUUGGUUCAGUUCCUGAGUAGCAUUUUCGUUAUCUGCUUUACUGGGUUUCAAAUGAUGUUGAUCCCGACUCUGAGUUCUGACUUUUUUCAUUUCGUGGUAUACCUAGCGUGCAUGUUAUCACAAGUCGCCAUUUUCUGUUGCUACGGCCAUUUUGUGACGAACGAAAGUUCUGACAUCGGGGAAGCGAUCUAUUUGUCCAACUGGUACAUGUCUGACCUGUCCGUCAGAAAAGAUCUACUAAUAGUGAUGGAAAACACGAAAAAACCAAUUUUACUGACGGCCGGUAAAUUUUUACCUCUCGUGAUGAGCACCUUAACUGCGAUUUUGAGGUCUUCGUAUUCAUUCCUAGCAGUGUUGCAACAAAUGGAAUAGGGUUCCGGAGAGAAAUCACCACCCUUGCUUUAGUGCUCUAUAUUUAUUUGCUUUGAACAGUAACAUAGAAGCGCCAGUGGCAGCGUAA